UCUCUCUCUCUCCUCUCUCUCUCUCUCUCUCUUCUUUCUCUCUUCGGGCAGAGCCGCUCGUUGUACAGCCGGCCGCGCGCGGAAAACCGCAUCGAAACCGUGCCGACGCGGCCCGCGCGGCUGUCGCGCGGCUUCGCCGCGAACGCGUUCGCGUUCACGUGCCGAUCUAAUGAGUCGCGACGGCGAGUCGCGGCCGAGCGACGUCGCGGGCGACUCCGAGUGCGCGAGGUGUGCCGUUCUUCUUGUAACCCCGCGCGUAAACCCGCGAGAUACCUGCUGGUGAGUCGCCGGUGUAAGAGCGCGAUACGCGCGCGCGCGCGCGCGCAGGAUCCUCGCGAUGCAUCGCGGCCGGCUCGAGAUCGUCCUAGCCGCAGGCUAGCCGAGGUCCUGAUAGCCACCGCAGCGACCAGGAUCCGGGACCAUUCAAGCGAGAAAGGAUGCCAGGGGGGCGCAGGGGCCUGGUAGCCCCCCAAAACACGUUCCUGGAGAACAUCAUACGACGCAGCAGCAGUCAACCCGAUAGCAGCUUCCUACUGGCAAACGCCCAGAUCGUCGACUUCCCGAUCGUCUAUUGCAACGAGAGCUUUUGCAAGAUCUCCGGCUACAAUCGUGCCGAGGUUAUGCAAAAGUCAUGCCGUUGCGGAUUCAUGUACGGGGAGCUGACGGACAAGGAAACGAUCGCCAGGAUCGAGGAGUGCCUCGAGGGUCAGAUCCACGAUCAAUUCGAGAUCCUGCUGUACAAGAAGAACAGUACCCCACGAGAGACACCGUUAUGGCUGCUCCUGCAAAUAGCGCCCAUCAAGAACGAGCGGGACCUCGUCGUCCUGUUCCUGCUGACGUUUCGAGACAUCACCGCCCUGAAGCAGCCCAUCGAGACGGACGACAGCAAAGGCGGCCUCUCCAAAUUCGCCAAACUCGCCAGAUCGGUCACCAGGUCGAGAUCGGUCCUAGUUUCUCAGUUCAGCUCACACCUGCCGGCCCUGAAGGAUACAGCCGUGCCGACCACCGCCAAACAAUCGCACUUGGCUCAUAUGAUGUCCUUAAGCGGCGAUGUUAUGCCGCAAUACAGACAAGAAGCCCCGAAAACACCACCGCACAUUCUACUGCAUUAUUGUGCAUUUAAGGCGAUCUGGGACUGGAUCAUUUUGUGUUUGACCUUUUACACAGCCAUCAUGGUGCCGUAUAACGUCGCAUUCAAGAACAAGACCAGCGAGGACGUCUCCCUCCUGGUCGUCGACAGCAUCGUCGACGUGAUCUUUUUCAUCGACAUCGUACUCAAUUUCCACACAACGUUCGUCGGCGCCGGCGGCGAGGUGGUGUCCGAUCCGAAGGUGAUCAGAAUGAACUACCUCAAGUCCUGGUUCAUCAUCGAUCUGCUGAGCUGCCUGCCGUACGACGUGUUCAACGCCUUCGACCACGACGAGGACGGGAUUGGUAGCCUGUUCUCGGCUCUGAAGGUGGUGCGGCUGCUGAGGCUCGGCAGGGUCGUACGCAAGCUAGAUCGGUAUCUGGAGUAUGGAGCCGCGAUGCUCAUUCUUCUGCUCUGUUUCUACAUGUUGGUUGCUCACUGGCUGGCCUGUAUCUGGUAUGUCACAUUAAGGUAUUCGAUAGGGCGAUCGGAUGCCGACAAUGGGGUACAGUAUUCCUGGUUGUGGAAGCUGGCCAAUGUUACCCAGUCACCGUACAGCUACUUGUGGACCAAUGCCAGCACUGCGCCAGAGCUAGUAGCCGGCCCGUCACGCCGCACGAUGUAUGUCACUGCUCUUUACUUCACAAUGACUUGCAUGACCUCCGUGGGCUUCGGGAACGUUGCGGCCGAGACCGACAACGAGAAGAUUUUUACCAUCUGCAUGAUGAUCAUUGCUGCCUUACUGUACGCCACGAUCUUCGGUCACGUCACCACGAUCAUCCAGCAAAUGACGUCCGCCACCGCCAAGUAUCACGACAUGCUGAACAACGUGAGGGAGUUCAUGAAGCUCCACGAGGUGCCCAAGGCUCUGAGCGAGCGCGUCAUGGAUUACGUCAUCAGCACGUGGGCGAUGACGAAAGGCUUAGACACUAACAAAGUUCUCAACUACUGCCCCAAGGAUAUGAAGGCCGACAUUUGCGUGCAUCUGAAUCGGAAGGUCUUCAAUGAACACGGUGCCUUCAGGUUAGCGUCCGACGGAUGCCUGCGCGCUUUGGCGAUGCACUUUACGAUGUCGCACAGCGCGCCGGGCGAUCUGCUCUACCACACGGGCGAAUCCAUCGACUCUCUGUGCUUCAUCGUGACCGGCAGCCUCGAGGUGAUACAGGACGACGAGGUGGUGGCGAUAUUGGGCAAGGGUGACGUCUUCGGCGACAGCUUCUGGACGAACUCGUCGGUCGGCCAAAGCGCGGCGAACGUUCGGGCGCUUACUUACUGCGACCUGCAUACGAUCAAGCGGGAUCGGCUGCUGGAGGUGUUGGACUUCUAUCAGGCUUUCGCCAACUCCUUCGCCAGGAACCUGAUCUUGACUUACAACCUGAGCCACCGGCUUAUCUUCCGGAAAGUCGCCGAUGUACGCCGGGAGAAGGAGCUGGCCGAGAGAAGGAAGAACGAGCCGCAGCUGGACCAAGCUCAGGAUCACCUCGUCCGCAAGAUCUUCUCAAGGUUCAAGACCGACGGGGAAGGCCAGAUCGGCGUGACCAGGACCGUGAGCGGACGGUCCCAGCAGGAUUCCGACGAGGAGCUCACCGUGAACGUCCUGCCACCAUGGCCGAGUUUUAGGUUUCGCAGAGAGAGGCAACACACCGAUGUGGAGAAGGGCGACGGUAAGGAUGCCAAGGACGGCGAGACGUCGCACUCCAGGAAGCAGUCCACCACCGAGGAAGGCACAACCGUCGUCAAGGCGCGAUCGGGCAAAUGGGGCCGUUUGUUAGGUAGCUCGAGUUUGGACUCUGGCAGCGAGUCGGGCACGGCCGGCGACACCUUCAAGAGGUCACUCAGCGCGAGGGACUCGCGCCCGAGCUCGAGCGCCAGCACCAACAAGGUAUUCCCGAAGCUCGCCAAACUGAGCGGUACGAUCGAGGAGGGUGGCGACAACGUCGAGAAUCCGAAGGACGCUCAGCCACAGCAGCAGCCACAGCAGCAGCCACAGCAGCAGCAGCAGCAGCAGCAACAGUCGUCGCAACAGCAAAUUACCCUCGCGGUAGACUCGAAGCAGCUGCAGCUGCGGCGUCUGGAGAGCUACGACGGCGGUCUGAUCACGACGCAACCGAGCCACGAGCGCGAGAUCCUCGCGGCGGUGCUAGAAGUGAAGGUGGACCUGAAGCUGGAGGUGCAGAGGGUGAACCAGAGGCUAGCUAAGAUCGAAGACAUGCUGCAGGCGCUGAUGAACAGACUGCCGCCAGCCGCGGCAACGCCGACCGGCGGCGGUGGCAAUGGCGGCGGCGGCGGCGGCGGCGGCGGCGGCGGCGGCGGCGGCGGCGGCGGCGGCGGCAGCGGCGGCGGCGGCGGCGGGCCUCAACAAGCGCAGAAAGGCUCGAGCUUCGGCAACGGUGCUCAAAAUCAGCCGUCGGUCAUCAGCCCGAGCAUAACGGUGGUGCAGUCCGGCACUCAGACCACCGAGUACAAGCCGUCGAUCGCGACCACGUCGACGUCCACGACGCCGAGCGAGGGUUACCGGGAGCAGUCGACGGCGACGGAGCGUAUGCCGAAGAGUCAAGAGCACCACCAUCAUCAUCAUCACCACCACCAGUCGUCGGAACGGCUCAAGGACACCGAUCGACUGACCGGGGUGUCGUCGAGGGACGUGAACAAGGAGCUGCUGGAGCGGCUGGCGCAGGCUUCCACGUCGCGCGGCGACGACUCGAACGCGCUGGGGCCGUUGAUCCUGCGGAAGCGCAGGAGCAAGUCGCGCAACAAGGGCGCGGCGCCGCUCGCCCCGCUCGCCACGCAGCCGGUCAGCCCGUCGGAGGCCACCGAGACCACGCAGAUGCUGGAGUGCACCGACGACCGAGAGCCGAGCGCCGACAGGACCGAGCGAUCCGAGCGGAAGAGACCACCGCCCCGGCCGAGGGAAUAUUUGUGAAAGUUCUUCACGCGUUGCGACCGGACGCGGCGGCUUCUCUACUUCCUCGUCGUGAGACAAUUCGCGAUCGCGACUUCCGGCCGGCGCGCGGUGCUCUAGCGAGUCUCGGCUCGGGCGAGCGGCCGCGAGCGGGAAUCGCCGGCGCCGGCGCCGGCGCCGGCGUCGGCGAUUGCCUCGCUUCUGAAGCGUAUGUACAUCGAAGAACUGCUACCGUUUCGUUACUUUCGUUCGCACGCGUACGUGGAGUCGAUCGAUCGAUCGGCUCUUCACGACGGAAGAUGGCACGUUACGUGACGCGGCUGAAACGUUCACGCUUCGCGCGCACGCGCGACCGCGUUGUUCUUCUCGCGUGUGCUCGGACCUCCUCCCCGCGGGUGACGAUCGGCUACAAACGCGGCUGCUAAGCUGCGGCUCUGAAAGUUUCUCCACGCGUCACCGUUAA